AGACACCAUCUGGACCCUUCGUGUGCGCUUUCUGGAGGAAAGGGUGCUCCCGCACUGGACAGCCUUCACCAUCUGGAACGCGGGCAAGCAGGGCCGGCGGCUCUACCGUAGCCUAGGGGCUGCCAGCCAGCAGAAGGUUGUAGCAUUUUGUGACGUUGAUGAACGCAAGAUCAAAAAGGGUUUCUACUGCUAUGAGGAUUCCCAGGAAAGGCCCAAGCCCCAGGUUCCGAUCCUGCACUUUCGCACCGCCCAGCCGCCCUUCAUCAUCUGCGUGAAACUG